AUGUGCGGGCUCCUCGCUUCCUUCAGCUUUUCAGACGACAACUCGCGAGCGCCACGCCGGGGCACUGCCCCGACGUCCACGCCCAUCUUCUCGUGCGCCGCGGGGCUGCUACUCCGGCGGCAGCGCGUCGCGCCGGUUCAACUUCGCGUCAACCCUUGUUCCACCAGCGUGUUCGCGGUCGAGGGUGGUGCCACACCCGGCAAAAACGGCAAUGAAGCCCGUCCGAAGGCGCCGCCCGCGCCACGACGCGCCGCUCGUCGACGUCGCCUGGCCCGCGAACGCGCGCGACCUCGACUGCAGCGGCCACUCGAGCGGCGCCGACUCCUUCGACCGGUCGCUGCGGGCCGCGGCGGCCGCGUCCCAGGAGAAACCGCCCGGACGGCGCCCGCGCAUGGUCGUGGGGCUGCUGCUGGCGCAGGUCGCGGCGGUGUCGACGGGCGUGCACUAUUCUCGAGAGAUCAGACAUUUGGCCGCGGCGGUAGAUAGGGUCGGCUUUUUGAGAUAUAAACUGGGCAAGGUGUCGCAGCGGGCGACGGUCGCGGCCUUGAACGACUGGAAUCGAGAUCUGGGCGAGGUCGAGGAGGCGACGGGUGCCCUGGAGGACGUGCGCGCCGCCGCGGCGGCCUACGAGGGCGCAUUAAAAGCUAUCCAUGAGACGGGCCUGGAGAAGCUCCACGCGGCCGAGGCCGUCGUCGUGCGCGCGCUCACGCACGCGAACGAGGCGCUCGCGCGCGAGCUCGAUAGGAGGUGGCACGCGCUGCUCGCGCUGCUGGGUGCUAUCGAGGGCUGCGCGUUGGUGGGCUGCGCGCUCUACGAGCGGCGGCGCUAGUGUUGUACAUACGUGGUGGACUACGCGCCCGCCGCCGGAUCUUCCCCCCAGGGGCUCCGCCCAGGCCUAGCACCGUAACAAUAGAAUGUGAUUA